AUGCGUACUAGCACACUGCCACUACUACUUUUUUUCUUAUACGAAUCACUUGCUAUAGCACUGCCCCGUACAUAUGAAUCAACUGGCCUGCCUACUCAAGGACUUUUAUAUAACUACGGAUCAUAUGGAUUUGUAUCAACACCCAAAAUAUUUGAAGGAGUUCCUAUGGGGAAUCUUAUUGUGAUAGGAAGAGAUAAUGACAUAAAGCUAGGAAUAACGAUAUUCCAGCCGAUAAAAAUGGUUCCUGUAUAUAAUUUAAAAGUAACUCCUGCUAAAUUGGCCGGUGACAAAAAAGCAGGCAAUUCAUCAGAACAAGUCCUCUCCAUGACACCGCUGGGAAUGCUUACUAAGCUUCCAUAUGACGAGAGAAAUCCGCUUCAGUAUUUUACAAUACUACUUGCUAAAAACUUCCCUGGAUAUUUCAGAAUAAUAUCCUCUACCGGACUUUGUCUAACCCCAAAUAGAAAACAAUUAUUGACACUGUCGCUGUGCUGGAGUGAAAAUAGCCGAGUGAUUACAAAGCAGCUUUUUAAAAUGUAUAAAAAGGAUAAUGAUGACAAAAACUCAGAUCCUAUCUAUAUUCAAAAGGGAAUAUCGCCAUAUUACUUUAGAGGGUGCGCACCAUGUACCCGUUCUAUUCCAGACCCUUCAAAUGGGGAGUAUAUACUUGUUAAUAGCAAGUACUGCGAAGAGAACUGUGGAAAAAACCAGCAGCCUAAUCCAAAUGAAAAGCCAGAAAAUCUACACGUUCCAAACCCUCCGCAUCAACAACAAAACUCUUCUGGCGGGCAACAAUCAUCGCCCUCUUUUGGCAGGCAACAAUCAUCUCCUUCUUCUGGUGGGCAACAGUCAUCUCCUUCUUCUGGUGGGCAGCAGUCAUCUCCUUCUUCUGGCAGGCAACAGUCAUCUCCUUCUUCUGGCGGGCAGCAGUCAUCUCCUUCUUCUGGUGGGUGGCAAUCCUCGCCAUCAUCACAAUACAAUCCAAGCGAGUCUAAUAAUUCAUCGCAAAAUUCCGCCCAGCCAGAACAGCAGUCCAACCCAGCCCCAGGUUCUGGAUCAUCACCAUCUUCUCAGCCAGCAACAAGUGGUGAGCAGCCCUCCUCUCAGCCAGCAGAAAGUGUAGAGUAUUCAUCUUCUGAGCCAAAAACAACCACUGAAGAGAUAACUUCUACUGAUCCUAAUAACCCAGGAAAAACAACCAUAACAACCACCACUCGCUCCAGUAGCUCUCGUCAUGUACGGCCUAUGCCUUAAAUUAUAUAGGCCUUUAUAUGUUAUAAAAUAGUUGUAAAAUAUGUGGAUUUUUAUUUUAGUUAUAAGAAGCUCAUUAAAUAAGACUCGCUGCAUAUAAUUAUAGUAAAAUAAAUAAU